AUGUGACGUAAAACAACUUCCGGUUUCGGUCCACAUCCAUUACAUUCGUUCAGGGCUGCAGUGUACAUUGUUGUCCCUUUCAGCUUCCUGGAAUCAACAUAUAAGGAUGCUACAUCAUUUGUAAUGCACUCUUGAAUCUUCAGCUGGACCAUAUCCAUUUUUGCACGUAUAUUUAAUUGAUGGGAGAAGAACAAACCAAAGGCCAAAUGAACGGAGCAGCAUUCCCCUCUCCCACUGCAGAGAUGGCGGAGAUGAACCGCAUCCACUACGAGCUGGAGUACACAGAGGGCAUCAGCCAGCGCAUGAGGAUUCCAGAGAUGCUCAAAAUUGGCCCCUAUGGUCAUGACAACCCCGAGGCAGUCUCACAUGACCUGCACAACGUCAUGAUGCAGGUCCCAGAGAGGAUCGUAAUGUCAGGAGACAGUGAGGACUCUCAGUUCCCCAGGCCCAGAGACCUGGACUUGAUCCAGUCCACCCCGCUAGAGAGCCUGUCCCUGAAGACCCCUCCUCGGGUCCUCACCCUCAACGAGCGGCCACUGGACUUCAUGGAAAUGGAGCGCAGUGCAGCCCCAGCCCAGCCCAGUGAGGAGGUGCGUUUGCAAGGGCGGUUGCGGCGGGAACGUUCAGCCAGCGAGAACACCACUGUCCGUCACAAUGGCCAGAUUGCCAGAAACGAUUCAACUGUGACCCCGUUCCCCCCAGCCCCUCUCCGCGUCUUCCCCCCUCUCGCCAUGGCCGAGGACGAACAGAACCUGUACAGCGCUAGCGGCGUUCUCUCUUUCAUCCAGUCCACCACGCGCCGGGCCUACCAGCAGGUCUUGGAGGUUCUGGACGAGAACCACCGCAGCAAGCCGUCACUGCGAGGGGGGUCUGCUUCGACCUCUAACCACCUGCAUGAAUCCAGGCUUAACCUGGCCACUCUAGACACUACUCUGGAUGUUUCCAUGGCUCCUGAUGACAUGGCUGUCGUAGAUGCAGCAACGCUUCGACGUCAGAUCAUCAAGCUGAACCGGAGGCUCCAGCUCAUAGAAGAGGAGAACAAGGAGAGGGCCAAACGUGAGAUGAUCAUGUACUCCGUCACCGUAGCCUUCUGGCUUAUCAACAGCUGGGUUUGGUUCCGCCGCUAGAAUCCUUUCCUCGGAACCACUGACAGAGAGUGGAGAACAUAGCCUCUCCCCUCCUCUUCUAUGUUUCAAAUGGUAGAAAAAUGUACUCUCUGCAUUUAGCCACAGUGCUGGACAGCCUUGCUCUUGGGCAAUGGGAUGUUUGAUUUCAUUUUAUUGUAUACAUGUACUUGUAAUUAUUUUUUACAAUGCUAUAUUUUUUUUUUGCUUAAGAAUCAAAGAAUGACUCGGCUGUAAAUAUUUCUUCAUGUUACUCAGUUGUUAUCAUUGCUCCUGAGGUAUUUCCAACAGAUAAGGUCUAAAGAAAAUGAAAUCAUAAGCCACGGUGGAGACGCAUCAAAAUGGGUUAAAUAUUUAUUGGGAAUUGGAAUGAUGUGAAAAGAUUUAAAAAUAAAUAUAUAUUGUGAAGCACUGCUGAUAUAUUGUAAGAUAAUACAUAAUGUAAAAUUGACUCAUGGUUUUAAUUGAUGUAUAGUACUGCAAGGAAAUAUAAAGUCACACUGUUGCUAUUACACCAUUCAUUAUGUUAUUAUUAUUUAUUCAUUGUGUAUGGCCCAUAUCCACCAAGCCAUAAGCAUGAUAUGCUUUUUCUCAUAUUUUAUCUUCAGUUACUACCUUCUUUUUUUUUUUUACCAAUAACUUUUUGGCUGAAGUACAAUGUUAUCAAAUUGGUUGUAGUUUUCAGUUGUAAUGUACCAGCAUAUUAUGCUGAGAGUCAUGCAAUUUUAUUGGAAUAAAUGACAAAAUAGCUCA